CGAAAUUAAUCGGGUAAAAGUAAGGUUAUAUUUUUUAAUUUUGAUUUUUUUGAAGUUUUAAAUCAAAUUAUAUAAAAUUUAUUUAGUCGUACACAAAAAAAACGAAGACUUCCCUUUUGAUUUAAUCGGGUUCAGGUUUCUAGUCACGUGACACUUCCGAGUCCUCGCAGUUCGUUGUUCUGCUUAGUGAAUGUGAAAGAAAUGGCGGACGACAAAAGUGUGGAGAAAACAAUUUCAGAAGACUUGGUUGUUACCAAGUAUAAAAUGGCAGGAGAAAUUGUUAAUAGGAUUCUGAAGCAAGUUCUCGAGAAAUGUAAGCCGGGCAGCUCAGUUCGAGAAAUUUGUGAAUUUGGGGAUCAGCUUAUCACUGAAGAAACUAGCAAAGUUUUUAAGAAGGAAAAAGAGAUGAAAAAAGGAAUCGCAUUUCCCACUUGUGUUUCUGUCAACAACUGUAUUUGCCAUUUUUCACCAAUCGCAAGUGAGCCUGAUUAUGUCUUGAAGGAUGGAGACAUGGUCAAAGUUGAUUUGGGUGCUCACAUUGAUGGAUUCAUUGCUGUAGUGGCUCACACAAUAAUCUUGGGUGUUUCAAAUGAAGAUAAAGCUGCCAAUAGGAAAGCGGAUGUAAUGUUGGCAGCACACUAUGCUUCUGAAGCCGCUUUGAGACUGCUAAAACCAGGCAACGAAACAUACACUAUCACUGAUGCCGUACAGAGAGUGGCCGAAUCAUUCAAAUGUAAACCAGUCGAAGGAAUGUUGAGUCACCAAUUGAAACAAUUUAAGAUCGACGGCGAAAAAACCAUCAUCCAAAAUCCAAACGAAGCUCAGAAAAAAGAACACGAAAAGUUCGAACUGGACAAACACGAAGUGUAUGCGAUGGACGUGCUGAUUAGUACCGGUGAAGGGGUGGGACGAGAAGGCGAUAACCGAGUUUCGAUCUACAAGAAAACGGACGAAACUUAUCAGUUAAAACUGAAAGCUUCCAGGAUGUUUUACAGCGAAGUCCGUACCAAGUAUGGAAACAUGCCUUUCAACUUACGUAGUUUUCAAGACGAAACCAAGGCGAAAAUGGGCGUAGUGGAGUGUGUGAAGAAUAAGUUAAUAGAACCGUUCCAAGUGCUUUACGAAAAACCAGGCGAGUUUGUAGCUCAUUUCAAGUUCACUGUACUAUUAAUGCCGAAUGGGCCACACAAAAUAACCGGGUUACCUUUUGAUCCUGAAUUGUAUAAAUCAGAGUAUUCAAUCAGCGAUCCACAAGUCCAGUCGAUACUCAAGAGUUCUGCUAACCCAAAAGCUGCCAAAAAGAAAAAAAGGAAGACGGACGGUGAUGUGGACCAACCAAUGGAAGUUGAAGCAGUAGCUUAAACAGAUUACUAGUUUUAUACAAGCUUUUCUCCUUACACUCAGCACUUUAUAUUAUUUUUAUUAUCUAUAAGUUUUGUAUUUCAGUUCUUUUUUAAAAUUCAAUUUUCAUGACAUGAGUACAUUUUUUGAAUAAACUGACCCUAAAAAAUUACAUUUCAAGUGUUAAAAUUGUUAACUUUAAUAAUUAUAAUAGAUUUUAUAUUGCUACGACAGCAAUAUGAUGAAUAAAUAUAGUGUUUGGUA